CCGUUUUUUUUUUUUGCAAUAGCACUGUUGUUAUCAAACUUAAUAAACAACAAUAUGAUUCAACUGCGUCAAACUGUUGCUUUAGUAGCAGCUCUUCUCUUCUUAGCAAAAGAAGUUUCACCAUAUGGAACUGGAGCACCGGCUGCUGCCUGUGUUACUAUGACACCCAAACAUGUAAACCCAAAUGGGGGAUUUAUUGCGGGCCAAACGGCAGCAUCUCCGUAUUCAAUUUCAGUCUCGGUGAAUAAUUAUAAACCUGGUGAUACAGUAACAGUUACUGUAUCUGAUAGUAGAGCAGCAGAUGCAGCGGGUUUCCGAGGUAUAUUAAUGCAAGCACGCAACCCAGGAGCAGAGGUCCCGCUGGGAACCUGGGUUAACCCACCGACCGAUACCAAGCUAACCAAAUGUACCGUUGACGGUGAUUCAGUCACACAUGCAAACACCAACCUAAAAUCAAGCGGUACAGUGUUCAAAUGGAAGGCUCCGAACAAAAACGUUGGCACAGUGCAAUUCGUGGCUACAGUGGCAGAAAUGAAAGAAAAGUUCUGGUUGAAGCUGCUAGCUAACAAAGCAAUCACCUACAACUCAGCAAAGAAUUUACGCAUGAACACAGUGUAUUUAGCUAUUACUGCUAUCGUUGCACUUAAAGCACUUAUGUAAACAUAUGCGCACAAGGAUGAUGCUAUUUUGCAAAAGAAUUUUGGUGGAUACAAGUUUACCGAAUAUGACAUGUUAUACUGUAAUUUAUAUUAGGUUGGGGGUAGAUGGGACACCCUUUCGUUGUAUUUUCUCCUCUCAAUUGAUAGUAAGCAAAAAACGUUCUAAGAAUUCCUAAACCUUAAUCUCACGAUUUCAAUAGACCGUUAUUAAUUGUUUAAAAACACGAUUAGAAUAAUUGGAUAUUGUAUGCCAAAUGUGUCCCAUCUUCUCCCACACUCCUAUAUACCCCUUAGAUUUGAAAAAAUAUUAAACGGUUUUUGAAUAAAAUUCAUUCUUUUUAACUCAUUCGAUACAAUUCACACUACUUGUCCCUAAUGUUCAUUUAAUAAACAAUUGAACAAACAGCAA